AUGGCUGAUGUCACCGAUCGAUGCGGGCAAUCACCAUUGAAGGAGCCCGCUUACCUCAACGACAAGCAACAGCUCGUUCUUGUCUGCCAGCUACCUUCCAUCAUCUCGACCGUCUCUAAUUCAAACCCCUCGCAACCUCGGUUGCAACGUUGCGUCUCCAGCUCAAACCUUGGUUGGGAGCUAUGCCCUCAUCAUAGCAUACAUAUGCCAUCAUCAAUUCCUCCCAGACACUUAAAUACUCGCCUGAUUCAGUCCCAUCUAUUCCGCAUACCCAAGACCUGCUGCCAGCAUCGAUUUUGCGCCACCAAUACUCAACCCACCCAAGCUCCGUCAACACGCCCCACCAUGAGCCUUUCCAUAAGCAAGAACCCUGCCCCCUGGCGCAAGCUUCUUGAAUCGCACCUUGAGCAAACCAAGAGCUACGAUUUCACUAUCGCAACCGUCGGCUAUGAUUCCAAAGGAAACCCGGUCCCUCGCGUUCGAACUUGCGGUUUCCGCGGCUUCUUCCCAGAGCUGGAGCUUCAUCCAAGCGGGCAGGAGGAUAUGGAUCAACAGGUUGAGGGUGGCGGAAAUCCAGGUCUCUUCGAAAGUGACAUAUUGACAUUUACCACGGAUGUGCGGAUGGAAAAGCUGGAUCAAUUGGAAUCGACGGGCAACUACAUCGAGGCCAUGUUCUGGCUGAAGGAGGUAAUGGUGCAGUGGAGGAUCAAGGGCAAAGCCUAUUCAAUUGGUAGCCCUGAUCCGGAGUCAGGAAGCGAGUUUGGUCUUCGGCCAGAAUUAUUCGAGGCUCUCCGGGUCAAAGAAAACUAUCGUGGUGGGUCUAGUGGUGACGCGAAUAAGUGGACGUGGGAGAAGGCUAUUACCAAGUAUUUUGCGAAUCACUCGCCCGUCAUGCGAGGCUCCUUCAGAAACCCACCUCCUGGUCAGCCUAGGUCUCAACUGCCUAGCAAUGCAGACUUGAGGCUGGGUCAGAAGGUGACCAACCUUCAGGACCCCAUUGCGCGCGAGAAUUUCAGAGUUGUUCUUAUUCUGCCCGAGGAAGUCGAGUCAUUAGAUCUCACGGACUUGGAUGACGUUCGCAGGCGGAAGUGGACGCUAGGGCCUGAUGGGAAAUGGGAAGAGAUUGAGAUAUGGCCAUAG